GAUGCAAUUAACAUAAUAGAAAUAGAACCAAAAGAUAAUAAUAAAGGAAUAUCUAUAUUACAAAAUAACCAUUCGAAUGAUUUACUAUUGGAUAUUGAAUUAGAAGAAAAAAAAAUUGCUUUGUUAGAAUAUCAAACUAGAAAUAGAAAAGAAGCUGCUGAAGCGAAGGCUAUUGAAUUACAAAAUCAGAAGUUAAAAGCAAGCCUGAAAAAUACAUCAACACUUUAUACAACUUUAACCAUAAAUGAAUCGCAAACCAUCUGUCACGAACAAAUAUAUUCAUCACACUUACAAGUUGUUCCUUCAAUUCUUCGUCAUUCAAUACAUAAUAUGAAUAAUGAAAUUGAACCAUUUACGGCUAACGGAAAUAAUGCUUCUGAAGAGUCAUGA